AUGUUUUAUAAAUGUUGUGGUGUAUCGGUAGAUGUGAGUUCAGCAUGUGCAAAUCUACAAUCGGCAAUCAAUGGCUAUAUGUCAACCGAUGAAAGAUAUUCAAAUAAACAUCUAUUACAUAUUAUAAUGGCACCUGGUUACUAUCCAGCUUCAAACAAUAGUAAACUAAAUCUUUGGGGAAUCAAUGUAAUUAUUGAAGGUUCACAAAGUCAAGAACAACAACAACAACAUAAACAACAAAUACAACAACAACAAGUAACACAACAAUCAAUAACUAUUGAUUUACAAUCUAUUGCUGGUUUUAUCUAUUUGGAGGAGUUAAUGUUUGUUAGUGAUACAAAUAUUACACUUUUAAACUUGGUGGUUACCAAUGCCUAUCAUGAGAAUGCAGGUAGUAUCAUCAAUACAUAUUCGAACGAAACAUCGAUGGUAACUCUGUUGUCUUGGUUACCAACACAAACUUUACAUUCUUUUCCAAUCAGAUGCUGUCCAUUGUCAAUGGUUCAUUGUGAGAACACCGGCAGUCUUGGAACCAACAUGAACAUAGACGGUAUUGACUCGCUGCUUAUCGAGAACAGUGUGUUCAGUGACACCAAAGGGCUACUCUAUGGAAACGCCAUCUAUUUGUUUGAUGUUAGCACUGCGUUGCUGCAGGAUAACACAUUCACAAACAAUGGUGUAGCACAAACUAGGUCCUUGUUUAACAAUUGA